UGUAGUAGGCAAUCUGCUGUCUUUCCUUCAUCUGAUUCCAAAGAUUAUCACACAUCACACCUAAUAAAACAAACUGGAAGAGCUAACACAGUUCUCAUUUUAUCCCAAAACAACCAGGAGGAGUCAGCCAUGAACUAUCAGCAACAGAUUGAUCAUGUUGUGUCCACUGCCAAAUUUGGAGAUUUGAUAGAAUUCUCCUACCCAGUUGGAUACUCGCACUGGGCAGUCUAUGACGAAGAUGGAUACGUAAUCCAUUUUGCGGUCGCAGAUGAGAAGCAACUAAUGACAACUGUACGUACUUAUCUGCAAAAAAUCAUCCCAGUAUGUGGGGAUCUUCUCCUCGGCGAAACCAAGAUUCGCAGAGUCCCUCUUGGUGAGGUCAAUGUCCCACACGGAGCCCAGGUGUUGAUUUGUAACAACCGGCAUGCCUUCACACCAUCAGUACCCGAGGAUAUGAGGCUACGCCGUGACGGCCUUCUUGAUCAAUCCUUUCAAUAUAAUCUUUUCACUCUGAACUGCGAGCACUUUGCCACUUUCAUACGCUACGGAAAAGCUGUAUGCAACCAGAUCCCUGCAAGGCCCAAGAAUGAGGAGUGCACGUCAGCAUCUAAAGUCUUCAGUGACACUGUCAGUGCAAAGGAAACUUUUUAGAAGCCUUUGAAAUGAGUGAAGUUUUCCAUUUCCACGUUUAGGGAGCUUGCACUAUGUCUGAGUUUGAGCUUUCUGAGUCACAUCACUGUAAAUAUUCAAUAUUUUCUCUUUAUUUGAACCUUUUUUUUUUGCUUUUUUGUUUGUCAGUUAUGUAGUUUAAAGUAUGUACAGCAAUGUUGAAGGUGACUUGUUUUCUGCCCUUAUUGAUUAAUCUGCAAAAUGCUUAGUUGAAACCAAUAAAUGUUUUAGUCAUGAAACUGUUUCUAAUAACUCCCAGAGCCAAAAAAAAUAAAAAUAAAAUAAAUAAUUUUGCUGAGCAAAACCCCCUAAUGCUGAAAGCAAAGACCACCCAAAGAUAAUGUGACAUAAAAACUGUAGAUACUGUUGAGAACCAGAGAUCAAGACCAAUACUGAUACAGAUAUUUGGUGAUUUAAAACCUGGCAUUCUGAUAUAUUAUAGUUGUUUUUUUUUUAAUGUGUUAUGUGUAGUUACUUAUUUACUUGUUUAUUCUCUGCACAAGGCUGCCAGGAUCAGCUUGUCAUUGUGUUUGGUGUUGCCAACAGGGAAGUUGUGUAGUGCCCUCUGGUGGACAAUCUAUGCAAUGUCAACACUCAACAUGGUGAAGGGUGUUUCUCCCAUCUUUUCUUUCCUUUUAAUAACUAUCAUAACAUUGCC